GAGAGCAGUUUCAGUCCGGAGUGCCACAGAAGGGGUUAAUGCUGAACUUGGCUGGGUGUCAGUUAAACUUUUUUUCUGGCUCUGCUCCAGGUUUCCCCUUGAAGGGAUUUUCCUCUGCUUCUGCAUCUCUGCAACAAGACCCUAUAUAAAGAGCCGACUUUCUAUUUCAUUCCUCACCGAACCUCACCGAACCUCACUGGCUUUAGGAGCUCAAGACUCUUCCCAGGAACCUUCAAGAGGAACAGAAACAAGCGUUUUGGAAUCAUUAUUUUCUCAUAAGAACAGCAGCGUAAAUGCCUAGGAAGAUGUCUGUGAUCUUUGGCGUCUCAAAUAUUUUUUGGAUGGUGUUUGCAGUUUCUCAAGCUUUCAAAGUUGACAUGUUCCCAGAUGAAUCCAAAAUUUUUGCUCAGAUUGGUGACUCUGUUUCACUGAUUUGUAGUGCAACAGGCUGUGAGUCUGCAUCAUUUUCUUGGAGAACUCAGAUGGACAGCCCACUGAACGGGAAGGUGAGAAAUGAAGGGACCAAAUCCACGCUGACCAUGGAUCCUGUUAAUUUCGGGAAUGAACACCAGUACCUGUGCACAGUGAUUUGCGGGGCUAUAAAACUGGAGAAAGCAAUCCGAGUGGAGAUCUACUCUUUCUCUAAGGAUCCAGAGAUUCAUUUGGGUAGCCCCCCAGAGGUCGGGAAGCCAGUCACAGUCAUGGAUGGACUAAUUUUUAUGACUCAGCAAUUCUUUAUGCUAGUUUGGCAGAGUAUGUCCAAUUGAGAAAGCUGUAAAUUCAGUCUAUGAGAGAAAUACAGUAGCCCUGUGGGACCAUUGUGAUGCUUAGCAAUGACUAAUACUGUGCCUGUCUUCUCAGUCUCACCCAAAGACACAGCUAUAUCUGUGAAUCCCUCCACAAGGCUGCAGGAAGGCGACUCUGUGACGAUGACGUGUACCAGUGCAGGUCUACCAACUCCACAGAUUCUCUGGAGCAAGAAAUUAGACAAUGGGAAUCUACAGCUCCUUUCUAAGAAUGCAACUCUCACUUUGAUUUCUAUGAGGGCAGAAGAUUCUGGGAUUUAUGUGUGUGAAGGAGAUAACCCUGUUGGGAAAGACAGAAAAGAGGUGAAAUUAAUUGUUCAAGAGAAAAUGUUUACUGUUGAGAUCUCUCCUGGACCCCAGAUUGCUGCUCAGAUUGGCGACUCAGUCGUGUUGACCUGUGAUGUCAGGGACUGCGAUGCCCCAUCUUUUUCUUGGAGAACACAGAUAGACAGCCCUCUGAACGGGAAGGUGAGGACCGAGGGCUCCAAGUCCACGUUGACCCUGAGCCCUGUGAGUUUUGAGAACGAACAUUUUUACCUGUGCACUGUGAUGUGUGGGCAAAAGAAACUGGAGAAGGGAAUCCAGGUGGAGCUCUACUCCUUCCCUAGUGAUCCAGAAAUUGAAAUGAGUGGUCCGUUAGUGAGUGGAAACCCAGUCACUGUAAGCUGCAAGGUUCCUGAUGUAUAUCCUUUGGACCGGCUGGAGAUUGAAUUGUUUAAAGGGGAGAGUAUUAUGAUGAAUAAAAUCUUUUUGGACGAUUUAAGUAAGAAAGCCCUAGAGACCAAGAGUUUAGAGAUGACCUUCAUCCCCACCAUUGAAGAUACUGGAAAUGUUCUUGUUUGUCUGGCUCAGUUACCUAUUGAUGAAAUGGAAUUUGAACCCAAACAAAGGCAGAGUACACAGAUACUUUAUGUUAAUGUUGCUCCCAGGGAUACAACCAUCUUGGUCAGCCCCUCCUCCAUCCUGGAGGAAGGUAGUUCUGUGAAUAUGACAUGCGCUAGCGAUGGCCUUCCAGCUCCCCAAAUCCUGUGGAGCAGGCAGCUAAGUAAUGGGGAUCUACAGCCUAUUUCUGAGAAUGCAACUCUCACCUUCAUGUCUACAAAAAUGGAAGAUUCUGGUAUUUAUGUCUGUGAAGGCAUUAACCAGGCUGGAAUAAGCAGAAAAGAAGUUGAAUUAAUUAUCCAAGUUGCUCCAAAAGAUAUACAACUUACAGCUUUUCCCUCUGAGAGUGUCAAGGAAGGAGACACUGUCAUUAUCUCCUGUAUAUGUGGGAAUGUUCCCCCAACUUUGAUAAUUUUGAAGAAAAAAGCAAAGACUGGCUACACAGUGCUACAGUCUACAGAUGGUGCAUAUACCAUUCACAGGGCUCAGUUAGAGGAUGCAGGAGUAUACCAAUGUGAAUCUAAAAAUGAAGUCGGCUCACAGCUAAGAAGCCUAACACUUGAUGUUAAAGGAAGAGAAAGUAACAAGGACUAUUUUUCUCCUGAAUUUCUUGUGCUGUAUUGUGCAUCUGCCUUAAUAUUAACUGCCAUUGGAAUGAUUACUUACUUUGCUAGAAGAGCUAACAUGACAGGGUCGUACAGUCUUGUAGAAGCACAGAGAUCAAAAGUGUAGCUAAUGCUUGAAAAGUUCUACUAAAGACAUUGUCAGUUCAGAUCCUCGAUACUGCCCAUCAUUCCAUGAGGAAAACAGAAACUGGGAGUUCAGGCUUCCUUGAAUGCAGUGAACGCUUGAAAAGAAAUGGCUGCCUAUGGCCCUUACUGUGAACAAGAAGCCAAAGGAAAAUUUCUGCUUAAAAACUAGGCACUACCAUUGAGGUGACUGGAGUAAUUUCUUGAUGUGUAUAUACAAUAACAUGAUUUGUAUAUAUGUAAAACUAUGCCGUAGCAAGGUUGCUUGGAAUAUCAGCACACUAGAGUCAAUAUAUCUAAAAUUAUUAAAAUGUUGCUUGAACUGAUUAUUAUAACUUAAUGCAUCUUCAUAUCAACUGGCAGCUGACCUAUGUCAUCUUUUUAAUAUUUUAUUUCCUGUAACAAAAUUUUAUUCCUAUAAAGUUCAUAGGCAAUAAUUUCAUGUUGUGGAAAGAUGCCAGGGUUUUAUAUUGUCAUAGGCAAAUGAUAAACCAAGAGGGCACGGGGUUGACUUUCAGGUACUAAACACUUCAACCUAUGGUAUAAUGGUUAACUGGAUUUCUCUGGGUGGUACGGACAUGGUACGGAGACAUUUUUUGAUGUUUGUUCAUCAGACUCAUGUAAUUUUCCCAAGUGGUCUAAAAAUGCAACUUCUUUUGAUUUUCUUUUGUAAAUGUUUAGGGUUUUUUUGUUUUUUUUUUGUAUAGUAAAGUGAUGAUUUCUGGAAUCGAAA